AGCCAGACGACCCUAGUCAGCCGGGUGCACGACUCGCGGAACAGGAAGUUUAACAACUAUUAGUCUGCAAAUCCAGAGAGCUCGGGUCCCUCUCAUCUAUCCCGAACACCCCUCCUUGAAUUAGAAGGGGAUUUAGGAGUAAAGAGCUGCCCGCACCGAAUACUUUUAAAUGCCGGACCCGGGAAGAAAGAGGGUGAGGAGGACCUGAUCCUGCAGAAGAGAGGACCCGGGAGCCACCGGCCCUGGAUGCUCAGCGGGGCGGGGGCGCGUCGCUGCGGCGGCGGCGUGGGCGCGGUGAUGCAGGUGUGACACCCGCGGGCGCCUGCCUCUGCCGCGAUAGCUCCAGCGCCGCCUUAGCCCGAGCUGCCGGCGGGGCUGCCCGGGCGGACGCCGCUUCCCCGGCGCUCGGAGGCCGCCCCCUGCGGAUCUCCCACCCCAGGAGCGGACGGCGCUGCUGGCUGCGGCGAGCGCGGACCCGACCUGGGCACGGACCCCGCGCGCCAGGGCUCCCGGGCUCUUCUGCCGGGCUGAAACACACACGCAGGGAUGGGCGAGCAAAUGCGUUUGGCUGGGGAGGAGCGAGGUACUGCUGGUUCUUCCGCAGACGGGUGCUGUCCAGGGUUGCGCUGGGCUGAUAAAACACGACCCCUUAUCCAGGAAUCGCAGAUGUAAACUAGCUCCGGUUAAAGGGCAUAACCUUCAGUAGUAGAACAAAUCAGGCCAGCAAGCAAGCUUGUUCCUUGUCAAGGAAAGUGGCUGGAUCCAUAUCUAAUCAAUGCUUCCCAGCACAACUCCUCUGGGUCACUGAAGGACACAAGACCAGAGAUUGAAACUUUUUAAAGACUUCCAAAAGACAUUGAAUGCAGGAUACUUAGGUUGCUUUUGCACAAAUCUCAUUGAUUUGAGAGACAAAGGGGAAAAAAACAGGUGUGACUUCCACCCAAGAAGUCAUAUGAACGUAUUCCACAUUUAAACCACAUAAUGGAUGAUGGUUAUUGAAACAGUCCAAACCUCUACCACAGAGCAAGGGAUAUAGCUCGAGGCAACCAGACAGUCCUGAAACCACGGAAUGGAUGACUACAGGUAUCAGGACAACUAUGGGGGCUAUGCCUCCAGUGAUGGCUAUUACCGUGGCAAUGAGUCCAACCCCGAGGAGGAUGCUCAGAGUGAUGUUACAGAAGGCCAUGAUGAGGAAGACGAGAUCUACGAGGGCGAGUACCAGGGCAUCCCUCACCCAGACGACGUCAAGGCCAAGAAGGCCAAGAUGGCGCCCUCCAGGGCAGAUGGACUUCGGGGCCAGGCAGACCUGAUGGCUGAGAGGAUGGAAGAUGAGGAGCAGCUGGCCCACCAGUAUGAGACCAUCAUUGAUGAGUGUGGCCAUGGGCGCUUCCAGUGGACCCUCUUUUUCGUCUUGGGUUUGGCCCUGAUGGCCGAUGGGGUGGAGGUGUUCGUGGUGAGUUUUGCCCUGCCCAGUGCAGAGAAGGACAUGUGUCUGUCCAGUUCCAAGAAAGGAAUGCUUGGGCUGAUCGUCUACUUAGGCAUGAUGGCAGGGGCCUUCAUCCUGGGAGGCCUGGCCGAUAAGCUGGGAAGGAAGCGAGUCCUCAGCACGUCCCUGGCCAUCAAUGCCUCCUUCGCCUCCCUCUCCUCCUUCGUGCAGGGAUAUGGAGCUUUCCUCUUCUGCCGACUCAUCUCAGGCAUAGGCAUUGGGGGUGCUCUACCAAUUGUUUUUGCCUAUUUUUCUGAAUUCUUGUCUCGGGAGAAGCGAGGAGAACACCUCAGUUGGCUGGGCAUGUUCUGGAUGACUGGGGGCAUCUACGCAUCUAUCAUGGCCUGGAGCAUCAUUCCACACUACGGCUGGGGCUUCAGCAUGGGGACCCAUUACCACUUCCACAGCUGGAGAGUGUUUGUCAUCGUCUGUGUUCUGCCCUGCACCGUGUCCAUGGUGGCCCUGAAGUUCAUGCCAGAGAGCCCGAGGUUUCUGCUAGAGAUGGGCAAACAUGAUGAAGCCUGGAUGAUUCUAAAGCAAGUCCAUGACACCAACAUGAGGGCGAAGGGGGCCCCAGAGAAGGUGUUCACGGUUUCCAACAUCAAAACUCCCAAGCAAAUGGAUGAAUUCAUUGAGAUCCAAAGUUCAACAGGAACUUGGUACCAGCGCUGGUUGGUCAGAUUCAACACCACUUUCAAACAGGUCUGGGAUAAUGCUCUGUACUGUGUGAUGGGACCCUACAGAAUGAACACAUUGAUUCUGGCUGUGGUCUGGUUUACCAUGGCUUUAAGUUUCUAUGGACUGACAGUUUGGUUCCCUGAUAUGAUCCGGUAUUUCCAAGAUGAAGAAUACAAGUCUAAGAUGAAGGUGUUUCUCGGUGAGCAUGUGUACGGUGCCACAAUCAACUUCACGAUGGAAAAUCAGAUUCACCAACAUGGGAAACUUGUGAAUGAUAAGUUCACAAAGAUGUACUUUAAACACGUACUCUUUGAGGACACACUCUUUGACGAGUGCUAUUUUGAAGAUGUUACGUCUACUGAUACCUAUUUCAAAAAUUGCACCAUUGAAUCAACCAUCUUUUAUAACACAGACCUCUAUGAGCAUAAGUUCAUCAACUGUCGGUUUAUCAACUCCACCUUUCUGGAGCAGAAGGAGGGCUGCCACAUGGACUUGGACCAAGAUAAUGACUUCCUGAUUUACCUUGUCAGCUUUCUGGGCAGCCUGUCUGUCUUGCCUGGGAACAUCAUUUCUGCCCUGCUCAUGGAUAGAAUUGGAAGGCUCAAGAUGAUCGGUGGCUCCAUGCUGAUCUCAGCAGUCUGCUGCUUCUUCCUGUUUUUUGGCAACAGUGAGUCUGCGAUGAUUGGCUGGCAGUGCCUGUUCUGUGGAACCAGCAUUGCGGCCUGGAAUGCUCUGGAUGUGAUCACAGUGGAGCUGUAUCCCACCAACCAGAGGGCAACAGCCUUUGGCAUACUCAAUGGAUUAUGCAAAUUUGGUGCCAUCUUGGGAAACACCAUCUUUGCUUCUUUUGUUGGGAUAACUAAAGUGGUCCCCAUCCUUCUGGCUGCUGCUUCUCUGGUUGGGGGUGGCCUGAUUGCCCUUCGACUUCCAGAGACUCGAGAACAGGUCCUGAUGUGAACAACCUAUGGGGAAAGGAAAGGUCAAAAGACUCUUGUCCAGGACUCUCAAAUGCAUCCAUGCUUCCUGCCUAUCACUGUCCAGAGGACACCUUGGAUAGCACAAGAGAAGAAGUUGACUUUGUGACCCCUAGUUUAGAACCCACUUCAGCUGACAGUAUGUUCGUAACUCAGGUGACUGAUUUGGGGGUGCCCUGAGCCACCCUUAGAAUCAUGGAGCUGUGUGCUUGGCUUCAGGUCCCUCCCGCCCACUGCAGGGGGAGGGCCCUCCAGUGAGUGUACAUCACCAAGCGAGGAGUGUGUAUUUCCCUAAGUGAGGUGCAAGGACUUAUUUGCAUUUCAAAAUGAAUUUGAGGGUGAGAAGCACUCAAACUCCUCCACAAAGCUCCUUGGGGCCCAAUGACCUAACAAAUUGACUUGGCUGGAAGUUAGCAUCAUCUUAUGAUUAUUGGGCUUGAAGUAUAGGGUACAUAUGUUUUUGCAUUUAAAAGUAUCACCUAUCAUAUUUUCCAUCUGAAAAUUGGCACAAUAGCAUUGAAGAUACCCUGGUAUAGAAAACCAAAUAUUUGAGCAGUAUCUAUAGAGAUCUUCUUUCCCUUCGAUUGUCCUAAGCUUUCUGUGAUGAUUAGGUGAUACAUUUAAGAAUAUUUACUCCUGUUUUGCUCUAUUCAAAUACACUUAAUGGGAUAGGUAUUCUGUAAACUAAGAUGGUAUAUAACUGUAUUUGGGUUUAAUUUCCACAAAUAAUAUCUGAAAAUAUUGCCAGCAUUUUAGCCAUAUUUUGGGAGAACUUGGUGUUUGAGGUCCCAGGAGAUCGGGUCUGAUCAAACCAAAUGCAAGCACACUUUCUUAUAGUCAUUUCCUUGCUGUAGGGAGGAAGCUCUCAGCAAUCUCACUCCAUACAGCCCAUUUAGUCCAGGCGUCCUGCCUCGUGUAGGUGGGGUGAGUAGUGGCUUUUCUCUCUCACCCACAUCACUCAUGAUACUCAAGCUCACCAUCUUCGACCCUGGCAUUUGAUUUUGCUGCUCACCCAGAAACAACACGAGAAGCGUUCAGUGAAACUAAAACCACAGGGGGAUUGAGGGAGGGAUGGGGAACUGUAACCACAGGUCUUCAAAGAGUAAAUUCCUUCUGUUUGUUUUAGCAGUAAAACACAAUCCACGUUUGUUCUGAUGGCCAGGUCCUGUGAGAAAUCCAUGCUGUGUGUCCUGGUUCAGGGCUUUUGAAACAGAGGCCAUUGGAGUGGGAGUUAGGGAGUGUGGUAGAUGUCAGAUGUUUUUCUUCAGUGCUCUAAGAGAAGUCUUUCCUGAAAUCCAGUUUGGAGCAUAAACAGGGAUGUGGGUGAAGUGAGGAACCUAGGACAAACCGCUCUGGCAGGGGUCAGCAAUAGACUGAAGUCUUGACUACCUGGAAAAGGGACAACUAUUCAUCCAUCAGAACUGUUAAGCAGUGGAAGGGACAGUGAGCUAUGAGCUCCUGCUGCUGGAAGUGAACUUGCCCAGGCCAGAUGAACGUCAGUCUUUAAGAACUAGUUCUUUGAGUUGAUUUGCAGCUUUCUCAGUGGCUGUAAAGUGCCACACUUUCCUUGUCAGAAAUCUCCAAAAAUUUAAAACAGAAUAAUAAUGGCUGUGUUGAGUGUUUUCUCAGUUUUGGAGAUAUGCUUAGAUGCUGUGAUAGCUUCAGACCAUAUUUCUGUAGGUUUCUCAAUUAGCAGGUCAGCAGGGGGAAGGAGUAAAUUUUAUUACACCUUUCCGUCCUGAUUUGAGAUCAGUUUUAAUGGUUAAAAUGUUUACUCGGUAUCUCUUGUCCCCCAACUCUUUAUCCACCCCCCUUUUUUCUGUCCACGGAAGAAAGACACAUCAACUCUGAUCUGACACUCUGAGUCCCCCAAAUAUAUACAUAUAUAAAUAGACCACUGUGUAUUAAUGUUUCUCUCAGUGUUCUGUAGGAGUUAACAUAGCGUUAUGUUGAUAAUGAGGCCCGAUGUACUAUAGCUGUAAUAUACUUUCCAUAUUCUCGUGAUACAAAAUACAGUAGCUAGUUUCAUAAAAGAGAAUUGUGAAAAUCUGGGAUUAUCACAUCCCUUAUAACAUUAUUCUUCAGUGGAUAAAACAGUGCAAAGAACAGCUACCACUUAAGAAAUUUACAAGACAGAGCUUAUGUUUCUAGUUAAGAUGAAUCUUGUAAAUUUAAACCUUGAUUAAUUUUUGAGUGCUGGGGUGCCUGCAAUAAUUUGGGGGUUAACUCCAUUUGGUUUCUAAGCUCUAAUUUUUGCAUUAUCUUUAUGGCUCCUUAAACCAACCACCUAACCAACCAACCAAGGGCAAUUCCCAUCUCAUUCAUCACUUUGGCUGUUGUAAAGAUGCAGCCAUGCUCUGCAGCCUGCUCAUAAGAAGGAUUGGCUGGCACUGGUACCUGGCCACUUCUUAAAUGCUGUCAUUCCUGCUGAGAUAAAUGCAUUUAAAAAUAGUCUCCAUGGCAGGUCACUGGGGGGUAAUGUACAGCAUUCCUGACCAUUCACUUCUUCAUUUCAUGUUCUGCACCGAGAGACUCCCAAUGGCAUCCAUGGCAGGUUGAAGGGAUGAGGCUCUUCUUGGUUGAGCACAUCUGUUCACAGUUCAUGACGUGUUUGGGAGCAGCUACUUUUAAUAGUCUCCACUGUAUUGCAUCUUCUCUUGAUGCUGAUUUUUGUUCUUUUGUUUUAUUAAAAAUAACUAGUGAAAGAGGUGUAUGCCUAUGUGUGAAUUUUAUAGCACUUUAGCCUGAGGUCAUGUAAUAAAUAGCCCCAUUCUCAAGGUUCACUGACUGGUACCUUGUAUUAGUUCAUUAAAAAAAUAAUAAAAAAUAAUUGUAAUUAGACUUUUAAGAACUGGGUUAGAGAUUAUUUUCAGGCACUGAGGUUUCUUCUGUAUUCUUGCAUUGACUGGAUCAGAUGGGAGAAAUGUUGAGAUCAUCUACUUAAACAUUUCAUUUUGCAUAUGGGAACUAUGAAAGGUUCAAUGGUGUGACCAAGGUUACAUGUAGUGCAAGGAGUGGGUUACGAGGCCUAUGCUAAUGCUCUCUACACAAUUCUGGACUAAUCCCUCAGCCACUGAUACUCUAUGACAGAGCCCUGCAUAGUCUCUGGGGAAUGGGACAAUGUGACCAACACCCUCCAUUCCCUGGGGCAAUUCCCUGAAUAGUCUCUUGGUCGUUUUGCCUAGAAUGAGUGGAAGGAUCAGUAUAAACAUGAAAACAUUAGCGUUUACCCAUCUAUUUAGUCAUUCAUUCAUUCGUUGAAUAAAUCCUUGUUG